CGAACUUGAAGAAAGUUUGCCAUUUUUUUUAUUUUUUUUAUUUUUUUAAAUCUUGGAUACGCUUUCAGUUAGAGGACCCGAAAGGUAAUAAAUAAAAAAGAAAGGGGUAUUUUAUGUCCCUUUACUCAUUAUUCUUAUUAUUUAAAAAAAGAAAAAAAAAAAAGAGAUUGUUGAAAGAGUGUGGCAACAGACAGGCCUCUACAUCCACGUGAACAGAUUCUCCAUCUCCAUGGCUCUCUGUGUAGUAUCUGCUGCUAUAUAAAUUAAAAACCUCCAUUCUAAUUCCAUUGUGUUGUAGUAUAAUAAAACUCCCCCAGAUCUCGUUCUCUCAGAGCUCGGAAACAACAAGGAAGGAGAAGAAUUACAGCCUCUCUCUCUCUCUCUCUGCUAUUCUCUGCACUAUAAGCAUUUAUACAUUGAGCCUUCUUCAAAAAUCCGUACAUAUAUAUAUAUAUAUAAAAUGAUUUUGUUACUUCCUUAAAUUUUCAAAACCUUAACUACUCCAAUCCUGCUUUGCUAAUGAUAAUUAUAUACGUAUAUAUUGGAAUCUACAUAGUCGGAAUCUCAAUUCCCUAUAAAUUACAUCCUCCAUUGCUGUAGCUCUCUCUGUUUUUGCUCUUGAUGAUCUCCUUCUGAGUCCAAUGUGAUAUAUACUUUCAAAAGACCUCUCAAGGCUUAAAUGGAUUCAGUACGAACUCUUACACUGGUUGGCAAAAUUAUUGACCAGGCAAGUCUUGGCUAUUAGGAUUGUACAGUAGCAAUAAUCGGCACAAUCAUGGCAUGUACUUCAUUGAGUAUUCCAACCUCACCAGCUUCAUCAAGAACAAAUGGCAUCUUCAAAGAGCAGGGCAAUGGCCUUUACCGAUCCGGCUCCAGCAAAGACCUUCCGAGCCAUGCCAGUGCCUGUAUGCGAAGGUCUUAUUCUGAUAACCAUAUUUGUUAUAGUGGCAAUCGUGUCCAUGCUGCACAGACAGAACCAAAACUAAAGAACAGCCGUUCCGUGGGGAUCUUUCCAUUUCAGUUAUCGGGUUCCAUUAUUCCGAACACACUAAAAUCUUUUUUAUUUGAUCCGGAGACGAGCAGGGAUAUGAGUAUGGUGGAGAAGGAAACGAAUAUAGUGGUGGUGGAGAAUACCGGUGAGAGUGAUCAUGAAGGACAGGAGAUAAAAAGAGCAAAUUGGGUUGAGAGGCUACUGGAAAUUAGAAGCCAUUGGAGGAAUAGGCAUCAAAAAGAAGAUAUGAAGGAAGAAGAUGGGGGUCGUGAUGAGGAACAAAUUGGUAAUUGUGGUUGUGAUGAAGAUGAGAAUGGAUGUGUGGUGAGUUAUAAUUCUGAAGAAGAAGAUGAAGUGAGAUAUGAUCGUGAAUCAUUUUCCAAGUUUUUGGCGAAGGUACCCUUGUCGGAUACCAAACUAUUCUCUAAGCUAGCCUUCUUGUGUAACAUUGCUUAUGUGAUACCAGAGAUCAGGGGUAAGGAUUUAACAAGAUAUUUUGGCCUACAAUUUGUAACAUCUUCCUUAGAAAAGAAAGCAGAGACAGCUGCAGUCAAAGCAAAACUCGACCAGGAUUCAACUCGUGUACCCGUAGCAACCUCCUUAGACAUUAGUGAAUCCUAUUCAGAUAAAGCUUCAGAUUCAGAACCGAAGCUUUCCAUCCAUCCUUCCCGUGCUUAUGAAAUUGCUGUCUCAGCUGCAUCCUAUGUCCAAUCACGAGCAAAGAACAUGUUAUCGCUUGGCUCCAAAAAUCUGCAGGAGGACAAUGAGCAGGAUUCAAAGGAAAGUAAAGAUCAAACACAAGAGGAGGGACAAAGCUCCCGUGUUUACAAAUCAGAGGUCGCUGCUUCCAUGGCUGCAUCAACAAUGACAACCGUGGUUGCAGCAGGGGAAAAGGAAAAAAUGGAGGCAGCUAAGGACCUUCAGUCACUCCACUCCGCACCUUGUGAAUGGUUUGUCUGCGAUGAUUCAAGUACAUAUACUCGUUGCUUUGUAAUUCAGGGUUCAGACUCUCUAGCAUCUUGGCAGGCAAAUCUCUUCUUUGAACCCACUAAAUUUGAGGGAAUGGAUGUUCUUGUUCAUAGAGGAAUUUAUGAAGCUGCAAAAGGAAUCUAUGUGCAAUUCAUGCCAGAGAUAAUGGAGCAUUUGAAUAAUUAUGGGGAGCGUGCCAAGCUUCAGUUUACUGGUCAUUCUCUUGGAGGAAGUCUUUCUCUCUUAGUCCACUUGAUGCUACUAACUAGGAAGGUUGUCAAGCCAUCCACCCUUCGCCCAGUGGUCACUUUUGGCUCUCCAUUUGUGUUCUGUGGAGGCCAAAAGAUACUCAAUGAACUGGGAUUGGAUGAGAACCAGAUUCAUUCAGUGAUGAUGCAUAGAGAUAUUGUCCCCAGAGCAUUCUCCUGCAACUACCCUAACCAUGUGGCUGUAGUCCUAAAACGUUUAAGUUCAUUCCGGUUACACCCUUGUUUAAUUAAAAAUAAAUUACUAUACUCUCCACUGGGUAAACUAUUCAUCCUGCAGCCUGAUGACAAGUCAUCUCCUCCUCACCCUCUUCUUCCUUUGGGAACUGCCCUCUAUGCUUUGGACAGGACUAAAUGUGGCUUCUCAGCAAGUGUAUUAAGGGCCUUCCUCAAUAAUCCCCACCCACUAGAAACUCUGAGCGAUCCUACAGCUUAUGGUUCAGAAGGAACAAUCCUUAGAGAUCAUGACUCCAGCAACUAUCUUAAGGCUGUCAAUGGGGUGCUAAGGAAACAUACAAAGCUGGUUCGGAAAGUAAGAAAGGAAAAUAACUUAGUGUGGCCACUGCUUACUUCACCGUCACCACACUCAUGGAGCCAUGAAAGUAAUAUGGAAACAAGAAGACUAAGAACCAAGGAGAUAAUGACUGGUGUGUGAUGCUGUUUUUCGCAGGGUUACAGACAAAGGAUGUUUAUAAGGCACUUGAAUGAAGAUUCACGGAUCUAGUUGUUCUCAUCUGUUUCCUGUGAAAGUUGCAAUUUGCCAAGUGUCUUGCUUGCUGACCUCUCAGUACAGUAAUCUAUCCUACUGCUCAUAACUGACAAAUGCCUUUGUUCAUCUAUGUAAUCUAUUCUACUCAUAACUGACCAACACUGUAAUUUAAUGGAAGAUAUUUCUAAUGGAAGAUAUACGGUAUUUUAUGUCCCAA